AUGCUACAGGGUUUGUUUCGAUCGAGUAGAUGUGGAGCUACUCAAGAACUUUUUAAUGAGAUGCACGAUGUAGGAAUAAUUCUAGAUUCUCAAACUUAUGGUAUCUUAUUGGAUGGGUUGUGCAAAAAUGGGCAUAUUUCUAAAGCAUUGUCAUUAUUCCACAUGAUGGAAACGAAUGGUUUAGAUCUUAAUGUUGUUAUGUACAGUAUUCUCAUUGAUGCAUUCUGCAAGUAUAAAAAGCUUGAUACUGCAAGGGCUCUUUUCAGUAAUCUUUCUUCCAAGGGAUUAGAUCCUAAUGUUAAGACAUACACUAUGAUGAUACAAGAUGAUGUCACUUACAACACUAUUAUCCGAGGAUAUAUUGGACAACACAAGUGCUAUGAGGCAUUAAUACUCGUUCAGGAAAUGGUUCAAAGGGGUUUUUCGAUAGAUGCAUCCAAUUCUUCCUUGAUCAUAGAUAUACUCUCAACUAAAAGACAAGAUCCUACUCUUCGAGAAGUGAUAAAGAAGUUCAUGCCAAAAGAUAGUCAUGGAAUGCAUGCUAUUGAGUAA